GUCCCAAUGAGUCCAGAUAGCGCUAACCUUUUUUUUAUGAGUCAUUGGGUACACAACCAUUGGUGCGUGUUGGACGCUCCGCCCAUGGUGGCGGUAGCGUAAUAACUGAGAAUGAAGGAAAUCGUGUAAAGACUGGCAUGUGACAGCGCAGCAGUAAGCUACUAUAGCUACGUCCAAAGUGUUGUUUGCUAGAACUAUUUAUAUUUACUUGAAGUAGCCAACUGCUUCAGAUUGUUUCGAAUGGAGACCAGACAACAGGGUCUGUUGGACCCAGAGCCUGUAACUGAAGUAGAUGAAGAGAUGGUGUCAGAUGUGGACCUCAACAACACUCUGACUGAUGAAGAGAGGGAGGAAAUAUUGAGUGAACUCACAAAGUUAGAGGAAGACAUCUCCACCCUGAGGCAAGUGUUGGCCUCCAAAGAGAAACACCACUCAGAGCUCAAAGCCAAACUGGGUAUAACACCACUCAUUGAGUUAAAACAGAACUUCAACAGGAGCUGGUAUGACAUGCAGACUUCCACUGCGUACAAAAAGACAUCGGAGACGUUGAGCACGGCAGGUCAGAAAACGUCAGCAGCGUUCACCACACUGGGAACAGCCAUCAGCAGGAAGUUUGGGGAUAUGAGAUCAAAUUCACUUGGCUACUCUAUCCACCACUCAAUGAGCAUGCCUGCUAUGAGGAACUCGCCCAGUUUCAAGUCCUUUGAGGAGAAGGUUGAAUGCACCGUUUCCAACAAAAAGCAGACCAAGGUGGGAAGCCAAGGGGGCGGAGGGAGUUUUGAGGAGGUGUUGUCUUCAGCCGCUCACGCCAGUGCCCAAGAAACCCCCAGCAACAACAUGUCCGAGAGCAGUGAUCAUGAGAGGACCUGCUAGACCAGUCUGAACCACUCAACUACCUCCCCAGACCAGGAUUAGCACUCUACUGCCCCUCACUGGCCCACAGGCCACAUUACCUGAUGCGGAGUGCAUGACAUAGGCCUAUCUACCCAAAGACCCAUCAGUACCAACACAAAUGUAUAUUAUCUACCUGCUACUUAGCUUUAUAUGCGUUUCCAUACAACAUCAAAAAGAAAGAUUGUGAUACUGUAAAGUACUCCUGUCCUUGAUAUUUCUAUGAUUACAACUAUUAGCUUUUUGUAUUAAAAUUAAUGUCUUGUUUAUAUCAAAUGUAUUUGAAAAACAAAAAAUAGUGACACAUUGCUUCCCAAUACUAAAAUGACUGACUUUUUAAAAAUGUUAUUAUCAUUAGGGCUCUAUUCAAUCCAUAUUGUGGAAGUCCAGUGUUAUAGCGUGAUACAUUUUAAAGGCAAUGUUCCUGCAUUCACGGUAAAUGCUCAAUCGGAAAUGUACCUUUUCUAUUGUGCAAUCUGUACGGCUUCAGCAAUACACAUCGAAUAGAGCCCCUACUUUCCAAGAGUGGACAGUCAUAUAACACUAUUGGGGGGAGGGAGUUGUAUUUGAUACUUGAAAUUGCAUGUGCUGGGUUUGUGGGCCAAUACUGUUAAUGGGGACCAAGAUAAGGCCUUGUGCUGGAAUCUACUGAAUCACACCUUUCGAAUCAUAUUAAUAUCUCCUUUAUUCCAACCGAUCACAGCUGUCAAGCAGUGUAGAUGCUUUGACACCCUGUGGGAUUAAACGUUUAUUUUUAAA